AUUCCCCAGGUGCACAGGGGUUUGUUGAACACUUGAAGAAAAAAAAAUCCGCUCUUGCCUAUCUCACUUUUUCUCUCUGUGCUCUCAGUGGAAUUUCCCCCUGUUGAUGUUCACGUGGAAGAUUGCACCUGCCCUGUGUUGUGGCAACACGGUGGUCAUCAAGCCGGCCGAGCAGACCCCACUCACGGCACUCCACAUGGGGGCACUGAUCAAGGAGGCCGGCUUUCCCCCUGGAGUCGUGAACAUCCUACCCGGGUUUGGCUCCACAGCUGGCGCGGCCAUUGCCAGCCACAUGAGUAUCGACAAAGUGGCAUUCACUGGCUCCACAGAGGUGGGUCAGCUGAUCAAAGAAGCCGCUGCAAAGAGUAAUCUGAAAAGAGUGACUCUGGAACUGGGAGGGAAAAAUCCAUGCAUUGUCUUCGCUGAUUCAGACUUGCAGCUGGCAGUGGAGGAGGCCCAGAAGGGAGCGUUCUUCAACCAGGGCCAGGCCUGCACAGCCGCCUCCCGCAUCUUUGUAGAAGACGAGGUGUACGAGGAGUUUGUGCGCCUCAGCGUGGAGUCGGCUAAGAGGAUAGUGUCCGGAGACCCCAUGGACCCACGAACAACACACGGGCCACAGAUUGACCAGAAGCAGUUUGAUAAGAUCAUGGAUCUGAUUGAGAGUGGGAAGCGGGAGGGAGCUACUCUGGAGUGCGGAGGCCAGGCAUCGGAGGGCAAAGGUCUUUACAUUAAGCCCACCGUGUUCUCCGGAGUCAAAGACCACAUGCGCAUCGCCAAAGAAGAGAUUUUUGGCCCCGUGCAGUGCAUCCUGAGAUUUAAGAGCCAAGAGGAAGUGAUUACGAGGGCGAACGGCACGCAGUAUGGCCUGGCAGCGGCCGUGUUCACGCGCAACAUGGACCGGGCUCUCAGUGUCUCGUCUGCUCUGCAGGCUGGCACCGUCUGGGUGAACUGCUACAAUGCUCUUCAUGCCCAGGCUCCAUUCGGAGGCUACAAAAUGUCUGGAAAUGGACGAGAGCUUGGUAAGUAUGCCCUAGCUGAGUACUCUGAAGUGAAAGCAGUCACCAUCAAAAUCACGGAGAAGCUGUGAGAGAGUGAAGGCCCAGACAGCAUCUCCCUCGACCCCAGCAUCGAAACAAGCACUUCCUGUGAUAAACACCAUCAACUAGCCCCAAGAAUGUGGCUUGGUCUGAUCAUCUAUACCAUGUCUGAAGCCCAUGGUUCUGCACCAUGGCUGUGGAGCCUUCCCUCAUAAUCAUAACCAACGCUUUCUUUACCUCUGCCAGCUACCUGUCUGUCCUCUUUUAUCUCUGUAGAUGUUAUGUACAAAUGUAAAUGUAAUUUGUUUUUGCUCUAUCUUUAAAAAAAAAAAAAAACGUUGGGUCUUAAAUUGCAGUCUUUUUCUAGAGUGUUAAACUAUCUCCCCUGCAGUGAAUGGACUGAGGACAAUAUGUCUCAAAGAAAAAUGAAUUAUGUGUUUGUCUAAUACUGUUUGAUUGAGCCACAUUGCGUGAUACUCUUGAUACUGUUGUAUCAAAUGUAUACCAUAAUUAGAGGUCUCCAUGCAAGAAGAUUGUGUUUUAUACCAUACUGCCAAGUAAGACACAUUUUGGACAUUUACAGCCAAUGUACAGUUUUUACUUUGAAUAGGAAACUGACCAGUUUCAAUAGGGCUCUUUUUAAUUAUUGUCUACAUACCGCUGCUCUAAGUAGUGUGGUGAUAUUUUUUAAAGCUUUAAUUCAAAUUCAAGGAGGGAUUAUGGAAACUAAUUAAUUUGUACUGGAAACGUAAAAUAUAAUGUGAAACUGGACAUUUCAUGAUGUCAUCAAUGUAUUUUAAUAGUUUGACAAUUUGCUGUACAUUCAGCAAAUCUAAAAGAAGGAACCAAGUGAAAGUGCUUUUGCUCUUUGCAGAAUGUUUGUUUAAUUGUUUUACCUGCAGAGAAUGUAACAGUUAUUUACAACCCAAAUGGCAAAGUUUUUUUCAUGAUUCUUUGAGUAGUCAUUAACUUUUUUGUAAUACCUUUAAAAUCUAACUGCUAAAUAAAAAAAAUAAAAAAAACAUUGUUGGAAUGAA